AUGGAACCAGAACAAUUGAUAGAUUAAUUAAAUGAUAUAUUGUUAGCAGACCAUUUCAGAUUUAUAGAAGUUAUUGGAAGAGGCAGUUUUGGUGUAGUUGUGGCUUCAUUUUGUAGUAAUCUAGAUCGAGUAGUGGCAAUAAAAGUUAAUUACAAUAUAAGAAUUAUAAUAGAUAACAUCGAAUGUUGAUCAAGAGAACGAAGCCAAUUUACUUAAAGCUUGUUGUCAUUAAAAUAUUGUCAAGCUUUACAAGGUAUGAUAUUUUUUUUCAUUAUAGGUGUUAGUAGCUAAUAAUCAUCUUUAUCUUAUAAUGGAAAGACUUGUUGGUUUAACAUUAGAUAAAUUGAUGAAACAAUCUAUAUUGUCAGAAUAAAGCAUUAGAAACUAUAUGACUUAAAUUUUAAAUGCAUUAGUGUUUCUUCAUAGAAAGAAUAUUAUCCAUAGAGAUCUCAAGCCAGGUUAAAUUAACUACUAUUAUAGAAAAUAUAUUUAUUUGUGAAAAUUCAUGUGUUAAAUUAAUAGAUCUAGGCUUAGGAUAAGAGAUUGUUUGUAAAGGAUGUGUAUAUUAAUCAGUUGGCACUCCAUAUUUUAUUGCCCCAGAAGUCAUAUUAGGAAAGGAUUAAAGUCAAGUAUGUAAUUUCUAUCUCUAAUUUAGGCUGUUGAUAUUUUCAGUUUAGGUAUUAUCUUCUAUAUGAUGAUCAACAAUUUGUAACAUCCUUUAUGGGAUGGACAAAUGAGAAAAAGACAUUAUUAUGAAUUGAUUUCCAAUGAAUUUUAAAUUAACUUCCCAAAAACAAUGUCUGAGUACUAUAUAUUAAUGAUAUUUGUUAGUAUGGCAAAAGAUUUUGUGUUAAAUACUGUUUAAUUCAGAUCAGAGAAUAGAAUGACUGCUUUGUAAUGCUUAGAACAUCCUUGGAUUAAAGGAAAAGAAGUUAAAACACAUCCAAUGACUACAAGAGAAAUCAUGUUAAGAUACAAUAUUUAAUAAAAGCUUUAACAUGUAAAUAUAUUAUUUAUUAAUUAGAUAAUUAAAUCAUUGAUAUUUAUAAAAACUCUUUAGUAAACAUGUGAAGAAGAGAUUCAUUAUAUUAAAACAAAUAAUUCUCCUUUAAGAGAUGAAAAGGAAGAUGAUCGAGUUUCUCCUGAGAAUGACUAAUAACUUACUGCUAGAUUAAGUGUUGAAUUAAACAAUAAAAAAUAAAAGUUAUUUAAAUUACAUGCUAUUCCAUUGAAAAAAGUAAGUUCAUAUAAAGAUCUAGUAUCUUUAAGAGAGAAAUAAUUAAAUCAAAAGAAAUAUGAAAGUAAUUAAAUGCAUUUAAAUAAGAUAUGAUAUCAAGAUUUAGAUAGAAAUUGUCUUUAGGUAAUCAACUAAAUACAAAUGGACAUCAUAAUUUUGAUUCACCUAUGAGUCAUCGAAAAUUAACUACUUUACCUUCAAUUAAUACUAAUAGGUUACAAAGAUAAUCAACUUUUAAUUUUAAAAAUUUGUGA